AUGGCGACGCGAAACCUCCAAGGUCCGCUCUUCCUCCUUGCGGUAUUGCUACUCAGCGCUGUCGUCGCGGCGCACGCGCAGUACUCUGCCUCGGGCGCGCUAAAGAAUAUCGAAUACAAACUUGGAUGUCAAGGAAUGUCGACCUCGCUCCAAUACAUGAGGGGAUGUGGAUUCAAUAUCUCACUUCUGAAAAGCCUGCCAACAACGAAGACGACGCUACUCGUGCCAGUGAACACGGCAUGGGGCAAGCUCAGCUCUACAGUACUGGCCUACCUUAACAAGAAUCCCACCAAAAUGUGGCAGGUGUUUGCGUACCACCUGCUCGCUGGUCGCUACUCGGCCCAGGAACUCGCCGCGAUACCCUACAGCACACAGGUCGUGCGCCUACCGACGGUGGUCGCGCAAUUUGGGAGGCCUGGCAGCAGUAGUGGCGCGUCUGUGAAGCUGAGCAAUGUGUACGUGGACAUCCAGGUGGCGGUCCAUGGGGUGGACAGCGUCAUCGUUCCUACCUUGAUCUAG